GCUGAGUCAAGGCCGACCUGCCCAAGACCCAUCUCGUAACCCGCCUGCCUAAAUUCCCGCUGACAGCCGUUCUCGGUGAAAAUGGCCGCCUCCGAGUCCGAUGAUCGGCUGUCGGCUUUCUCAAAGUCGGGCAUUUACCGAUUUGACGAUGCAAAUGCUUUUUUCGUCGAUCCUGUUCGGGUACUGAACCGGUGCUACACCAGGUUUAGGGUUUCUCCUUCCGCUUACUACUCCCGCUUCUUCCCCUCUUCGAUUUUUUCCACUGGAAAUUACAACAAUGUUCCCAAAAACUCGGGAAAACGUAAACGCCGCGAGAAAGAAAAGAAGAAAUCCCAAGCUCUCAACUUGCGGGAACAGAUGGCCGAUCGACGUCACCAGGAGGUGAGAGUAGCGUUGUUGAAGGCGCAUGAAGCAUUGCUUGGUGCUAGUCAAGUAUUGGAAACUUUGAGGAACUUGAGGGAUGAUGUGGAGGAGCGUGGUGGGGAUUCGAUUCUGCGGGAGAAUGAGCUCGAUUUUGUGGGGUUAGGGAGCGUUUGGCAAGCUCCAUUUUAUGAGAUUGUUCUUAAGGUUAAUGAAGAUGAGGCAGCAGUUGAAAAUGCAGGAUUUUGCGUCAUUGUUUGUAUGUAUGAGCUGGACAAUGUUAUUAUAUGUAUCUGCAUAUGCAAGAGACAGGUGGUGAGUCGUAUUAUCAAAAAGUGGUUCCGCUUUUUGAAACCCACGUCGCCAAUGAGGCAAGUAAUGAUAUGGAGGCUGAGUUAUUGGACCACAAGUACAUUUUGCCCAAGAAUAGUUGCUUCUACAUGGAAGUCUGACCUCAGGCAGAUUCACAACUUAAUUCCUGCGGAGUCUGAUUGUGGCUUCAAUCUUAUACUGAUCGAUCCUCCAUGGGAGAAUAGCAGUGCACAUCAGAAACUGAAGUACCCGACUUUGCCCAAUCGGUACUUUUUAUCUCUUCCUAUAAAGCAGCUUACCCAUACUGCUGGAGCCCUGGUAGCCUUGUGGGUAACCAAUAGGGAGAAAUUGCGGAACUUUGUGGAGAAUGAAUUAUUUCCCAAAUGGGGUGUCAAGUAUGCUACUACGUUUUACUGGCUGAAGGUGAAAGCAGAUGGCUCAUUGAUCAGUGAAUUGGAUCUCUUUCAUCACAGACCGUACGAGUGUCUUCUUCUGGGUUUUAGUCAUGGGAAGGAAAUGAAUUCUGAACAGUUGCUGAGACCAAACCACUUACCAGAUAAUCAAGUCUUUAUCAGUGUCCCAGGAGAUUAUUCAAGGAAACCCCCAAUUGGAGAGAUUCUGCUAGACUAUGUGCCAGGGUUUAAGCAUGCCCGCUGCAUUGAACUGUUUUCUAGGGAGAUGAUAGCAGGCUGGACUUCUUGGGGUAACGAACCCCUACACUUUCAAGAUUCAAAGUACUUUCUAAAGUACAAUUAAUUGAUCUCUACAUGAAAUGAAGGGCCUCAUGAUCAGAGAAGGUCAUCCUUUCCAUCCGAACCUCUGCUGACAUUCUGAUGAUCUUUGCUCACCAAUAUGUUCCCGUAUCCCUAUGAAAUCCAGCAUUCUCGGACGGAUUAGUUGAGGAAUUUCGAUUUGGUUUCUUAUUAAUAAGAUCUGAUUACUCCUCUCAGGAAGUAAUGACUCUCUGGAAGGCCAGCAGCCCAUUGUUCUAUGUCAUGUAGGCUUAUUAUCAGUCAACACAAAGAACCGGAUGGGAACUUGGCUCACGAGAGGUGCAUGGGAACUUGGCUCACGAGGACGAUUUCGCAGGACCCGAAGAAUAAACAAGUUAUAGCGGUGGGCAAUCAGGCUGGAAAUCUGUAUUUUGUGGAUAAAUCCUCCUUUGAUUAUGAUGUGAUAGAAUCUUGUAUUAAUAAUUCUUGUUUUACUUCACAUAAUUGUGCUGAUUCCUUGUGGCACUUGAGGCCGGGUCACCCCUCCUCUGUUGUAAUGCAGUAUAUUACAGAUAUUGAAACUGCAAUCUCACUUUGCAACCUGAAUUGUGAAGUCUGUCCUAUUGCGGAACAA